GCAGCCCCCAAGAGAACCACAAAGUGUUUCAUGUUGAAGUCGUGAGUUAAACGGAAAAAAGGGGGGACAGAAAGGCAGCUCCUCCGCGGAUCUGACACUGGCUUUUUUAGAAGCAUUUCGCCUCAAGUAACGUUUCGUUCAGUGCCUGCUCUCGACACUUCCUUCAUAUGAAACACGGGACCUGCGAGCUCUGCUGGAUUGGUCCGUCGGUUAUCGGUCUGCUGCAUUUCUCUAACGGCUACUGCUAGCUGUCGGAGGGCAGAAGCUACCCACACCGAAGAGGGGGGAAGAAGCCUCAUAAUUCUGACUUGUAGGCCCAAAUAACACGUUGAGGCACCAUUCCCCGUGAGGUUUCCAUCUGAUGGAGCAGUGGUUGUCAGGCUUUGUGAAGACGCACUAUGUUUCCUUGUCAUGUAAGCCCCUGGCCCUCUGCUGAGCCCCCGGCCUCCUGCGGUAGUCAUGCCCCCCCAGCGCAACCCUCACAGCCCCUGCCUGAUCUGCUGUGCAGCUGUCCUGCUCCGCCUUUGAACACCCACUCUGAGACGCCUUCCCCAGACCCGAUGGAGUCCCUCAUCGUGGUUACGGAGUAUGAACCCAGCAGACCACCUGGAGAGGCUGGAGAGGAGGAGGAGGUAGAAGAAAUGGACAGCUCAGAGACGCCCGAGCCAGCUUCCUCUACAGCGGCACCUUUCCGGACUCCAUCCUGCGACCUGCUGUCCCAUACAGUUGGUCGGCCAGAGGCUCUCCUUCCCGAAGGCCAAGAGCAAAGGGGAAGAUUAAACCUGUCUGACAGGAAACUAUCUCUGCAAGAGCGCUCACAAUCUGCAGCAUCACCCUGCAGCUCCCCUGGACUCAACGGGCGCUAUAUUUACCCGUCAUUACCGUACUCUCCCAUCACAUCACCCCACUCCUCUCCACGCUUGCCCCGCCGGCCCACUGUGGAGUCCCACAGUGUUUCCAUCACAGACCUCCAGGACUGUGUUCAACUCAACCAGUACAAGCUGAAAGACGAGAUUGGAAAGGGCUCCUAUGGUGUUGUCAAGUUGGCUUACAAUGAGGAUGACAACACAUACUAUGCGAUGAAGGUGCUGUCCAAGAGAAGGCUGAUGAGGCAGGCAGGUUUCCCACGGAGACCUCCUCCUCGUGGAGCCAGAGCUGCUCCCGAGGGUCCUGCUCAGCCUAAAGGACCACUGGAGAGAGUCUACCAAGAGAUUGCUAUCCUUAAAAAGCUGGACCAUCCUAAUGUAGUCAAACUGGUAGAGGUUUUGGACGACCCCAGCGAGGACCAUCUGUACAUGGUGUUUGAGCUGGUGAAGCAGGGGGCUGUGAUGGAAGUGCCGUCAGAUAAACCUUUCAGCGAGGACCAGGCGCGUUUUUACUUCCAGGAUCUGCUCAGGGGAAUCGAGUACUUGCAUUAUCAGAGGAUCAUCCACAGAGACGUCAAACCCUCGAACCUGCUGGUAGGAGAAGAUGGGCACAUCAAGAUAGCUGACUUUGGGGUUAGUAACCAGUUUGAGGGAGCUGACGCCCUCCUGACCAGCACUGUGGGAACACCUGCUUUUCUUGCCCCUGAAGCGGUCUCUGAGACCAGAAAGAACUUCUCUGGAAAGGCUUUGGAUGUUUGGGCCAUGGGAGUGACCCUUUAUUGCUUCGUCUUUGGAGUGUGUCCAUUUAUGGAUGAGCGCAUUCUCAGUCUUCAUCAAAAAAUCAAGACUCAACCUGUGGUAUUACCUGAACACGCUGACAUAUCAGAUGAUCUCAAAGAUUUGCUGUUGAAAAUGCUUGACAAGAAUCCAGAGACCAGGAUAUCAGUCCAACAGAUUAAGGUGCACCCAUGGGUGACGAGGCAUGGUGCUGAGCCUCUUCCUCCAGAAGACGACAACUGUUGUAUGCUGAUCGAGGUGACCGAGGAGGAAGUGGAGAAUUCUGUCAAACACAUACCAAGCCUGGCAACAGUGAUUCUGGUGAGAACUAUGUUGAGGAAGCGCUCCUUUGGGAACCCCUUUGAUUGGGGCCGGAAGGAGGAGCGCAGCAGUUUGUGUGCUGCAGGCCAAACGCUCACGAAAGGCAGAGCAGGCAAUGUGAGAUACUGCUACAUUCACUGUAGCCAAAAAAGGAAACAGGAGAGUGGUGACGGUGUGAGGAGUAUGGACCUGCCCUACGUGGGAGAGGAUGAGGCUCUUUCCUGAUGCAGAGGGUUUAUUAUGUAUCCGCCUGCCUGCAGCCACACAGCACGACACCCCUUUACUCACAGUUUUCUACUGGUAGCCUACACCUACGUACGUUUCCUGGGAGGUGGACGAGUGUGACGGACACUUAAAGAGGAGGAUUUAAUGAUCUUAAGGCACUUUGACAAGCAUUUCCUAAGCUUUUUGUUCUGCUUUCUCUUCUUAUACAACUUAGUUUGAGGUUGUGGGACCCUUCCAGGAGAGAAUCCUCCUGCAUUUUGAACCUUCACACCUUUUCCCCAGCCUGCUGUCCUCCUCUUAUCCUGCAUGCGUUUAUAGUCCCAGCAUGCUUUGUCUCAGGCUUCAACUGUACAGGUUUAUCGUAGUUUAGCCGCUUGUGUUUCUCCUCGUCUCUACUUGACAAUACUUUCAGGUAUACGGGACACGGGAACAAGACGUGGUGACGGUUUACGGGGAGGGAUGGUUGUCUUCGCCACUGACACUCUCUUUGAGUAGAGCGGGUUUCUUCACAACGAUUGUCUGGUUCACUCUGCUUCAGAGUAGCACUGCCCAGUUUUGUAACAUAUUUCAGAGUGAAGCUUCUGUACAGUUUAUGUGAAAUGAAAAAGGGGAGUGAAAAAAUGUUUACUUCAUUGAAUGCAUGUGUUUAUUUUCCCAAUGCAAACACUGUAUAAGCUAUUUAUGAACGUCCUCGCGCUCACAGACAUCCCUGUUUGACCAUUGUUUUUAGGUUUUUCAUUUACCACAAUCAAUAGAAAGCUUUAAAACAGUCGAUGUAGUGCUACGUGAACAUUCACUUUCAUCAUUAGUGCAAAAAGACAGCAUAGCAGAAUUGGGAUUUUCUUCAUUUGCAGAUCGAGUGCUUCUAGUGAAUCUUUUUUUAAGUGAAUCAGUACAUGAUUUUUAGGUGUUUAAUAUGAAUUUUUAAAUUAUUGGAGCUGAAACAAAUGAAGUAUUGAAGCUACUGCUCUACCUAAUGCAUAUAAACAGAAGGUCUUGGUGCAAAAUAAUUCUGCAGGUUGAUAAUCUUGUUUUUUUGUCAGACUGUUCAGUGAAUUUCACGUCUCAAUUGCAUCAUGCUUUAAUUACACUUUUCCAAGUGGAUGUCUAGAAACAGAAAAUUCUAACAAAUGAACCUCAAGUUAAAAUCCUGAAUGUUUGUACUUGUUUUAUUUGUUCUAAAUUACUGGUAUUAGCAAAGCGCACAUUUCAGGACACCAAAAAUGUUUAAUUAUGUAUGAUUUUGUAAAGUUUGCUAACUUUACAUUUACUGUUCAUUGUUGAACCGUUAGAACUGGCUACUGAUUUAAGGUUGAGAUGGACGCAUAGUGCAGAUGCAUACUUUUUGUACAAAUCUAUGCAUGACAUAUCUGUAGAGGUGUUUAACUUAAAAAAAACUGUUGUCAUCUUUGGUCGGAGGCGGAGGCCAACCUGCAAGUAUUUUGACUUUUAAAGUACUUUAAGUUCUUAUUUGUUGAUGUGCUUCAUUUCAGAUCCCAAAGCAGUAAUUUCCACCCUUCAUUUUUUUGUUCUUUGUUUACCGUUCAUUUGUUGUCCCACAGUUGUUAGUGUCAGUAUAGAUAACAUCAAUUAAUGUGUCUCUAGCUAACUUAGAAUAUCAACACGAUAUUGAUUACACCAUUUAAUGCUUCCACACACUAAUUAUUUCAGCACUUAAGUGUUGAAUGUAUCAGAAAGGGACUGGAAUUUUCAUUUUGUACUUACUAUUUGCAUGUCACUGAACUGUACCUACUAAAUGUCUGUUUUUAAGACUAGUACUAUGCACAUGUGUCUUUAUGGUGCAACGGUACAUCCUGUCAGAUUGUCGCGUACGGUGUGUACACCCAGUGGUUGGAUGAAGAGAGCUUUAUGUGGUCGAUUGAUGCUAAUUUGUUUAGUUUUUUUCCUGAUUAAGUUCUGCUCUCCAUUGUGGGGCAAAACACUGGUUUUAGUUUCUUCUUAAAAUUGCUUUUGAAGUGUAGUUGCAGUGGUGAUACCUGGCAGUUUAUUAACCCUCGUGUCGUCCUGCGGGUCAAAAUUGACCAGUUUUAAAGUUUGAAAAUGUGGGGGGAAAAAUAUUGUCACAGUGAAACUUCUGAUGUCCACAUUUUCAACAUUUUUGGGAAAUUUUUGAAAAUUUUUUGGUGGACAAAAAAAGAAAUGUUAGAAAUGUUUCUUAAGAACAUUCACAAAAAAAUCAACCAAAAUCCAGCGAAUUUCGCUGGAUUUUGGUUGAUUUUUUUUUUGUGAAUGUUCUUAAAAUAUUAGACGUUUUACUGAUAUAUAUGGAAUCACUUUAGAUAUUUUUAGGAUUGUUUUGGAAGAUUUUUACUAAUUCUAAAAAAAAAAUAUUUACAAGAAUUUUCUUGCCAUUUUUUGGGGGAUUUUUUUUAAAUAAAACUUUUCAGGAAUUAUUGGAAUUUUCUUCCUGAAGAUUUUGCAAAUUUUCAGAAAUUUCGGGAAUUUUUUUUGCUGAAUUUUGGGAUUUUUUUCAGAAAAGGAAACAAUAUUUUUUUGGUGCCUGUAAAUGAAGACAACAGGAGGGUUAAAAUCCACAGUUUAGUCAAAGUUAGUGACAAAUGCCUCCUUUUGUUUUGUUUUGUCUUGUGAAAUGUUGUCACGCAUGACUGAUAAAAUUUAACUGUGAUCAGUUGCGUCCCCUUCGGUGUGAAUAUUUUGCCCUCCAUGACCAACAAGAAUGAACCGAAGGACGGUUUGAGUGUUGAAUGCUGGGUGACGAUGCAAGCCACAACAAAACUGUACGAUGAAUAUUUUAUACACACAAUAUUAAAACUUGGUAGUCUGUUUCAAUACGCCUGUCCAUUGUUGUGACAAUGGCCAGGCUAAGUGAUUGACCUUUCUUGUUCACUUGGUUUUGCAUUCUGUAGGGUCGUUCAUUAUAUUAAGAGCUGUGGGAGCUCUUUUCCCCUAAAUGCAUGCCAACAUACUGAACACAUACCGCUGUAUCGUCAUAGCAUGAGAGGUUCCUGAUAACACAACAGGACCUUCUGAUUAGUUAUUCUAUACAUACUGUACCUUGUUCAUCAUUUGAAUAAAAUAUUAUUGCCUUUC